UACACAUCAUUAAUGUUUCUACUAUAUUUUUGACUACGUGUGGCAAUUGAUGUGUUAGGAAUUUUUUUUACUAGUUGCCUACUAAAUUUUUGCUUCAAAUUUUUGAAGAAAAUAUUUCACGAAGUCAAAGUAGGUCUAAGUUUGGACAAUCCAAUUCAUUUUUGAUUUUAGCGGACUUCCUACAACCAUGUUCGAAGUCAAUGAAAGAAGUUGGACCUUGUAUAUUGAAAAAUGUGGAACUUAUUCGACCUCGACUUCCAAAUGGCAUUCCAGAAUUGUUGAUUCCACCGAUGAAUCCAUUUAAAUUACCAGAAGCAACCUUAAAAACAAGCGGAUUUGAGGUUACGUUUAAAGACGUAGAAAUAUUCAAUUUGGAUAAAAUUGACAUAAAAGAAUUUCAGUGCAAUACAGAGACUUUAAAGAUAAAACUUUCUGCAGAAUUUCCGGUUAUGGCAGCAAAAUGUAAAUACAAGAUAAAAGGAAAGGUAUUAGUGCUGGAUCUUGACAGUUCUGGCAACUUUAACGGAAAUUUCUCAUCGACAUCUGUUACUGUGGAAGGAACUGGCAAAUUGGUAACGAAAAAAGGAAACCAAUACUUGGAUUUUGAUGAUUUUACCUUCGAUGUAUAUAUUGGAACAGCAUUCAUUCAUUUUGAUAAACUAUUAGGCGAUAAUGAGGAAUUAACUAAAAAUGCAAACAAAGUUAUCAAUGAAAAUAUUAGAGCUCUUCUAGACGACCUACAUCCAGUGGCUGUGAGCAGUAUUAAAGGAGUGCUCAUGGGAAUUGCUGGUCAGAUUUUCAACAGAUUUUCUUUUGAAGAAUUAUUUCCUUAAAUGAAAUUUACGUAAUAUUGCUUUAAAAUGGCUUAUUAAGUAUUAUCUAAUUGUAUUUAACUCUAUGUUAUUGUUUUAUU